AUGAUAGACAUUAGUAUGUACGGAAAUCAUCCUUCGCAUAGCAGUGGUUUUCAGAGCAGCGACCUCGGGGCCGGUGGCUACCCGUACUUCACGGCGGGCCACCAUCACCACCACUACCAUUUGCACCAAAGGCAGACCUCCUCGUCGUCGGUUGGGUCACCUACUAGUGUCAGCUGUGGUCAGCCCUCACAGCAUCACCAAGCGCACCAAAUGCAGGCUCAUGCGAGUGCAGCGAUACCAACGAAUUUAAACCCGAGGCACAACGGCAGCCCUGCGGCCCCCAGUACCAACAGCAGCAGUACGGGCACCAACAACAACAACAACCCGGCAGCAGCCUCCAGCAGCACUAGAAAUUGUAACAGCAAUAGCAGCAACAACGCUGCUACUAACUGUGCACCAUCCACGAAUGUUCAUCAGUCCACCUUUACUCAUACACCCCAUCUGUAUAGCCCAUCCGCAAUCGAGUACGGUAUCACCACCUCCAGUUCUCCGACCGCCGAUCUGUACUUCGAAAGCGGCGACAGCCAGGGCGCCGCCAUGUACUACGGGAGCGGUCAAUCGGUUCCACCGGUGCCAUUCCAAGAAAGUCGUAUUAUCAGCGCGGACAAUGGUCUCAGCUACACCAACCUGGACUAUGCGAUGUACCACCAGCAGCAGCAGGGUACCGUGGGGCAAGACUGCAGCGAUAGUUCCAGCGGAUAUCUGUCGCAUCAUGACACCAAACUGCACCUUCAUCGCUACGGAUCCACCGGCUUCGGUGGCAGUGUAGCGAACGAUGUAGUUGAUCCGCACCACCUGACGGGGGUGCAACAUCACAUUUCUCACAACCACCACCACCACCAUCCUGGUGGAGCCGCUAGUGCUGUUGCUGCUGGUGGUGGUGGUGGCGGUUCUGGUCCUGCCGCUGGCGCCAGCGUCAGUAGUUGGCAGCAGCAGUCGCUCUACUCGGACACUAUUGUGCAGCAACAUACCCAGCAACACGUGAACCAGUCGGGGGGAAGUGUUCCAACACAAGCCGCAAUGCUUGAGUCACAAAUGCUCAUGAGCGCCAACGUUUCGGACGAUGGUGACAGUAAUGGCGACGGAGUAGUCAACAGUUUGUUACAGUUACAACAUCACCACAACCAUCACCAGCAUCUGCAUGCAAAUGCUGGCUUGCAUGUGCAGCAGGCGAUGCACGCGCAACAGCACCAGCAUCAGCAGCAGCAUCAGCAUCAGCAUGCCCAGCAACAUUCGCAGCAGCAGCAACAACAGCAGCAAAACCAACAGAACGCGCCCACCUAUAAGUGGAUGCAAGUCAAACGAAACGUGCCAAAGCCCCAGUUGAGCAAGCCUGUAAAUGUACAAACUCCUCCCGAAUACCAUAUUUCACCACACAUCAUAGAUCCACUGCGCGGAAUUCCAAGCCAUACGACCAUUGGUAAUACCGUGUCACCCCAUCAAACCAGUUUUUUAAUUAACAAUAACAGUACCGGACGAACUAAUUUCACCAACAAACAACUUACCGAAUUGGAAAAAGAGUUUCACUUCAAUAAGUAUCUGACAAGAGCAAGGCGAAUAGAGAUAGCAAACGCGUUGCAUCUUAACGAAACGCAAGUAAAAAUCUGGUUCCAAAAUAGACGCAUGAAGCAAAAAAAGCGAAUAAAGGAAGGGCUUGCGGUACCAGAAAUGCAAAAUCAAUCACCAAAACACUCCUCCAUGAUAAGUGCUAACGAAUCUUCGGCGGCAAACCCUACAAACUCGGCGACCACCACGGGAUCGGCAACAAGAUCCUCUCUUAACGAGAGCAACGAAAACAGUAGCGAGUCUACCACCAUUUAG